AUGUGCUUUUUCAAACUUCUUCUCCUGUCAAUUCAGCUUGGAUCUGUUAAUGGAAUUAACAUUGGCUUCAAUAAUCUCAUUGAAAAAGUUUACAUUGAAAGUAAUUCAGCUACGUUGGCUUUUGUUGGAUUUGAUGAGGAGUUCCUUGGAAAAUUUAUGAGAAUUAAUAGCAACAAACCAAUAUUGAAUUUUCAAACCUCCACGAAUUUAGAUGAAACUAUUAAUAGAAACACUAUUUUGAUAGUCAAAGAAGAAAAAGAUACAAACUCCUUAUUUGCUUUAUUUCAUCGUGUAAUUCAAAAACUUAAAGUUCGUAAAUGUGUCAUUGUUUUGACAGAAAAUUCUGAAUCUCUUCAAAAUCACUUUGAAUUUUUUUGGGAGCAAAAAUUUAAAAGAAUUUUUGGUUUCUGCAAAAAUAUUUCGUAUGCUUAUCUCAACUAUGCUGACGACCCCAUGCAACAGAUAUCCCUGAGAAAAGACCGUCCACUUCCCAAUGCAAUGACGAACUUAAAUGGUUUUCCAGUACGAACAACAGUUCAAAAAGAUAUUCCAAGAAGUUUUUGGUAUCAUGAUAAAAAAGGACGACGAAAAAUUGGAGGAUAUUCCGGACAGAUAUUUGCAAAUUUCAUCAUCAAACACAAUGCCACCUAUGAAGAAGUAAUCCUUGAGAAUUCAGAUAAGUUGAUUUUGGGAGCAGUCAUUUAUGCCAGUAAAAACGGUGAUGUUGACAUAUCAACGAAUAUAUUUUCUCCAGUUCCGGAAUGUGAUUUAAGUUAUCCUUUGAAGUUCAACGUGUAUUGUGUAAUGGUGCCGUGGAAUCGUAAUGUAAAUUCUCACCAAUACUUCAUACGGCCGUUUUCUCCAAUGCUCUGGCUAUGUCUUUUGAUCACUUCAAUUUAUAUUUCCUUGAUGGACUACUUGAAGGACUUCUAUUCGAGUUAUGAAGCUGAUUUAUGGCAAAGUUUUAGUGAAACAUUUAUGAGGGUUGGCAAUAUGCCCACAAGGAUCCCUACCACCGCGUAUCGUUUUCAUUCUCAGGUUCUGAUAUUUUCAUUCAUUUUCGGAAACUACUACCUCGACUAUUUCACAUCAUUCCUGACAGCGUUCAUCAAAGUCAAACAAUACGAAACAUUCAAGGAUUUAUACGACAAUAAUAUAAGCCUCAUGCUGCCCUAUUACGAAGUCAAUUAUCUACAAAUCAUCCAUCCAGAACUACGAGAUGACACCUAUUUCCACAAGAUCCUCUAUCCAGUCGACUAUCUGAGUUAUAUUGAAAACUUGAACUCAAUGCGUAACACCAAACAUGCUUACACCGUUUCACGUGAUAGAGGUCAAUUCUUGAUUCGAUUGCAAGCUUUCUUUGAAGAACCCUUAUUUCGAACAGUUCAAAUUUCCUCGGAAUAUUUUCAAAAUUUUGUUCUAGAACCACAUUCACAUUUUAAGGAGAUUUUAAAUGAUUUUAUUGUGAGGAGUUUUGAAACAGGAUUGAUAAUGAAAUGGGAGAUUGAUACAAUUGCACAGGCGAUAAGUGUUGGUUUUCAAUCGGAAUUGAGACAAAAAGUUAUUAAACCAAUAUUGCAUGUUCCCUUGACAAUGAAACACUUGAGUUUUGCAUUGAUUUUUCUGAUAUGUGGAUGGUUUUUGGGGGGAAUUGUGUUGGUUUGUGAGACGAUACCGAAAAUUGGUUGGGCAGUUUUGAAGGAGAAAUUGAAUAAUUUGAAACCUUCCUACAAAAUCAACAAUUCUAAGAAUUAA